CAGGUUUGGUGGUGUUGUGUUUUUGACCUGGAGCGAAAUUCUUCUGCGUUUGCUGUCAAGCUUCAGUAAAUGCAACCUCUUUACCACCAUCUUCAUAAUUAAAUGAGGAAUCAGAGUUUGGGACACAUAUGGCUAUGUAUGAUGAGAAUAUCUUGAAGAACCCUUUUUACCUGCAACUGGAAAAACUCAGACCGGACCUAUUCAACAGGGUGGCGGAACUCCAUGGCAUUAUUCUGGUACCAUGUCGUGGAAGUUUACAAGUUGGCUCCUUGAAGGCAUCUCAGUUUGACAGAUACGUACUUCAGCCUGCUGAGCAGGGUUACCAGACACUAGAUGGAAAGGAAGUGUCCAUAGAAAAUAACCAGGUCCGGCUGGCUGCAGGGUCUCCGAAUCCCAUCUCGGUCACUAUCCUGUUUGAGGAGACUUUUUACAAUGAAAAGGAGCAGGCCUACAGUAUACUAUGCAUUGCACGGCCCCUGGACUCUGACCACGGCCCUGAGACAAUUUUGUCACCGUACUGUCUGAAGAAUAUUGAGGAUGUGAGGGAAUUCUUGGGCCGUCAUGCUGAAAAACUGGACAAGUAUGUGUCCGCCUUCUGCAACUCUUUUAAAGAACGAGAGAGGAAAGGCCUCCGAUACCAAAUAGACUCAGUAAAUACCCUCUACACAAAAUGUCUUCAGUGCCUGUUGAAAGAUUCUCAUCUGAAGCUGUUUUUGAGAGAGGAGUUACAGAUGACUCUACUCAAACAAGCAGUGGAGAUGUACAUCCAUCAUGGCAUCUAUGAUCUACUCUUUAAUUUUGUUGGGACUCUUGAAUCAAGUCGGGAUGCAACAUUUAACAAAAGAACACGUUCCUUAGAGGAUCUGCAGCAGAAAGAACUUGGUGUGAAGUCAGAAUUCAGCAUAAAUAUUCCUCGAGCUAAGCGUGAGUUGAGUCAACUGAAUGUCUGUACAUCUCCACAACAGAAGCUGCUAUGCCUCAGAAAGGUUAUCUACACCAUCAUGCAGUCACCUAGAAACAGAAACACUGCAGUGAACAUUGAGGCCAUUACAGCUGAUGAUCUGCUGCCAGUCAUUCUUUAUCUGUUAAUUAAAACAGAGAUUCCUAACUGGAUGGCAAAUCUGAGCUAUAUGAAGAAUUUUCGCUUCUGUAACUCCAGUGAGGUUGACCUGAGUUACUAUCUUGCCUCAUUUGAGGCCGCUGUGGAGCACUUCAGACAGACUGACUUCACCCAGAGUACACUGGGAUCACCAGACAGCGUGUCCUUCAGACAGAAGAUGGACCUGCUGUCCCAGAAUGCUGCUACACCUAUAGAUUGUCUGUUUGAGCACAUUGUGAGUGGGAACGAGACAGAGGUGAAGCGUUUGCUGAGUAAAAUUGAGAGUGAGGAAGAAGGGAGGAAGAUGUGUCACCCUCUCUGCUCCUGUGAUACCUGUGACCUCUACAUCUCAGGAAGAUUAAACGACCCUUCUAUAGUCACUCCAUUCUCUCGGGAUGACAGAGGCUACACUCCUCUACAUUUUGUUGCUAUUUGUGGUCAGUCUCAGCUGAUUGAUCUGCUUGUGUCAAAGGGAGCUGUGGUGAAUGCCACGGAUUAUCAUGCACUUACACCACUACACCUCUCCUGCCAGAAGGGCUACCAGGGGGUCACGCUGCUGCUGUUGCAUUAUAAGGCGAACACAGAUGCUCAGGAUAACAAUGGGAACACCCCACUACACUUGGCCUGCAUGUACGGACAUGAAGAUUGUGUGAAGGGUCUGGUGUAUUUUGACCUGCACUCAUGCCGGCUGAACGUACAGAAUGAUAAGGGUGACACACCGCUCCACAUUGCCGCCCGGUGGGGUUAUGAGGGCAUCAUCGAGGUGCUGCUGGAGAACGGAGCAUCAACCCUCAUUCAGAACAAAGCCAAGGAGACCCCACUGCACUGCGCCCUCAACUCUAAGAUCUUGUUGUUACUGGAACACAGACACAAUGACUCCAGUAAAAGGGAAAGUGGAUUUGAGUCUCCGAGCCGUUCUCCACAGGCAUCUGACUGCAGCAGCAGAUGCUCAUCUGUGUCCAGCAACUCAUCAGUGAGUGUGGAGAGCAGACUACCAGAGACUGUACGCACACGACACAAAGAGGUGGAGAAGCUUUUGAGAGCAGUGGCUGAUGGAGAUGUGGAGAUGGUGCGUUAUCUUUUAGAAUGGGUGGAUGAGGAGCCAGAGGAGGAGGAAUUUGAGGUACCAGUUAAGACAGAGUUGUGCCAUCCAUUGUGCCAGUGUCCCAACUGCGAACCUACACAAAAGAAGAUAGCCCGUCUACAGCCAGAUGGUCUGGGUGUGAAUAGCAGCAAUGUUGACGGUUUCACUCCGCUCCAUGUGGCAGCGCUGCACGGACACACCGCACUACUGUCUCUGUUUACCCGCCAUGGGGCCAACAUCAAUGUCCGCAACAAUCAGAGCGUCACGCCACUGCACCUGGCCUGCCAGAACAGCCACAUACAGGUAGUGUCUGCUCUGUUGGAGUGUAACGCCAAACUGAAUAAGAAAGAUCAUUAUGGAAACACUCCACUGAUUCAUGCAUGUUUAAAGGGACAUCUGGAGAUUGCAACCGUUUUGCUGGAGAGUGGUGCGUUGGUGAAUCUGGCUAAUAAUCAUGGUAACACGGGUCUGCAUGAGGCAGUGAGGGGAGGACACCUCCAGCUGGUUGAGCUGCUUCUCCACAGGGGGGCGCUGGUGCACAUACGCAACAAGAGACAGAGAACCGCUCUUGACUGCGCUCACGAGACUGGCGGCAAGAACACAGAGAUUCAGAGGCUCUUACAGAAAGCAUGUACUGAUACUCUGGAGUCUGAUCUGAUUAAACCAACCUCCAGAGGAGCAGAGGGGAUUCACGCACACUCAAGAGUGCACAGAGUUAAACAGCAUGAGAGUCCUGACAGUGGGAGUCGAGAGCGAGACCACACCAAACAACGGACUAAAAAGAGAAUGGACAGAGCUGUGACCAUCACUUGUCUAUCAGAGCAGACUCCAGACAGUCACAAUAACAGAUGGAGACUGAAGAGAGGAGAAACAGUGGACAGCAGCGAUCAGUUUUGCCAUCCACAGACAGAACAGUCGCCACACACCCAAACCAAGUGUCUGACCCGCUGUCACACCAUCAGCCAAGACCUGACCCAACACUCUCUUCAGACCCCACAACCCAUCUUCUUUGACCAUGAUACACAAGAGGAGGUUAUCAAUGGACCUCAGGACAACAAAGACUCAUGUGACCUCUCCCUCGAACCAUCACCUGACUCCGAGAAGCUCAACGGGGAAUCAAUGUUGGGGAGAGACCAAGAAGAGGAGGAAGACAGCCAGUCCAGAGGGAGUGAUGUGGAUUCAGCUGCCACAGAGAUGGACAAUGUGUAACAUUUGUGUUAGCCAGUGAUGCCCCAGUCAUCUUCAAAUGACUCAUGCAGCCGGUUUAAAAGACUAAAUCUAAAUUGAUCAUUAGUAAAUAUUUUCCAUCCUCGUCUUUAUUGUGUUGUAGUGUUCAAACCUGAAGUAUGUACAUUUCAUUGACCUGAAUGUGCAAAAAUGCAUAAGUGGAAUUAUAUUAUCCAACGUUAAAACAUGCAUGUUCUCAUGCCAGUGGUUUAUUCAAGAUUUUAAAGGAAUAUUCCAGGUUUAAAACAAAUUAAGCUCAAUCGACAGCAUUUGUAGCAUAAGGUUGGAUUCCUCAUUUAUUUAAAAAUCGGGGUUACAGUGAGGCACUUACAUGUAAGUGAAUGGGGCCAGUAAACGUUAAAAUGUACAUUGUUUUAAAGUCAAAAGACAUAAACAUAUGUGUUAAUGGGAUUUUAGUGUGAUAGCAUUGCUUAUAGGGUUUACGGCAUUGCGUCGUCAUGGAAAUGAAGUGGUAAUAUUGGAUAUAACUUUACACUUUCAAGGUUAUCAAGCAAUUUUAUCACACUAAAGUCAUGUUAACGUGUGUAAUGUUUGACUUGUGGCUAUACAUUUGAUAUACUUUGUAUACAAGAAUCAGUAUUAUACUACAAAUGCUGUCAAUUGAGAUUGAACUUGUACUGAACACAGAACAUUGCUUUAAGGGUCCUUAUGUAAAUUAAAAAAAUUGCUCGAUGGCAAAAAGAGGAAGUGCCAGACAUCUAUCUUUUUUUUUUUAUUUAAUUUUUUUUAUAUACAAAUCAUUAUUUUAUUUCUUUUUUGUAUUUUUAUUGAGCUUUAAUAUUAAAGCAUACAUUUUUUUUUUUUUUUUUUUUUUUUGCAUGUGGGUACACAGGUAACAUGAUGGGUGAAUCAACAAAAAUAAAAAAAUAAUAGUAAUGAAAAGAAAUUCUAAGAUGAACCAACAAGCUUUAAGAACAAAUUUGCUUUCAGUACUUGGGAUGUGUUUAGUGAAAUUUCGAAACUUUGUGAAUGUAUUACAUAUAAAGGGAAACAUCCAGAGUAAACUGUGUAGAAACUAUGUACACUGUUGGUUAAAAAAAAGAGUUAUCCCAAAAAUAAAAAUUCUGUCAUCAUGACCAACGUGAUGAAAUGACAAUUAAAUUUUUUUGGGUGAACUAUUCCUUUAAGCAUGUAAACUAUUUUUAACUUGCACUUUUAUAUUCCUUUCAGCAUAUCACAUUAGAAAAAGGGAUAUUGUGAGGUAGCAAGAGUUUAUUUUUACUUGCAUUUUCCUCUACACUGUGAAAAAUUGUUUUCUCUAAUUUGUAUUAAUUAAUUUAAAAUUGACUUCACUGUUCUUGUUUGUCAUCACAUAAAUCAUGUUAUAAAAUGGGGUUACCCACAACAAAGUGAUGGAGUUCUUUUAUUUGAAUGUCUUGCAACCAUUUACUUAUUUAUUUUUAUUAUUAUUGUUUUCAUUAGUAGAAUACAUCCGGUUUGGCUUUGUUUUGGUGUGAAUUUCAUUACUGAACCUAACUCUAAAAAUCAUACCUGUUUAAUGUUGCUUUUAGUAAUUGAAGGAAUUGUAUUUCAAGAAUAACAUUCAAUGUAUCUGUUAGGUGAUGUUUUUAAAGGCCAUAAACAAUUUGAAAAGUCACCUUUGUGUUUGUAAAGGGGGAAAAUAUGCAAAGGACAUUAGGACAACAGUUUAUAUGUUGCAAAACAUUGCGUCUAUGAGGAAAGUAAAUAAAAAAGUAAUCUGUUUUAGGUUCAGGAUUAUGGACCACAGCUCUACUGAUGUCACACACUUUACAUUUGCAAGGUUUGGGUGUUUGUUUGGUUUAAAUGAAACCUGACUGAUUGUGGUUUACAGUGGAUUUGCUACUGCAAGUGUGUGUGUGAUGUUAGAGUUAAUGCUGGACAGAAAGUAGCUUAAUGUCUUAAAGUUUCAAUAAAAUAAAAACAGUUGGUGUGUGAAAUGUCAUGUAUUUUUGAAUAUAUGGAUUCACUGUGGCAAUCUGAAUAACUCGAGAAAUUAUUUUUGUAUAAUUCCUUUUCAGUGUUAUUUUGUGAAUCAAUGCGGUAAAUGUGCCUUAAUUUGUGCCACAGAAACCUAUAAUAAACCCAUGUAACAA